ACAAUGCCUGGAAAUAAUAAGGACAGCAGCUUAGGACAGGCUGUGUGUCGGCAUUGCCGUUGCCUUUUACUCUGUCUCCGAAACUUCUUCAUUAACUAAUUAACAACCAUCACCGUUUCACCGUUCACCGUCCACCGUCCACCGCCCACCGCCACUCAACGGAUGAGGAAAGAACCGCCACCUACCUCUUCCCCCUCCUCCACCGUCGCCAAGCUCUUUGUCUGCUUCGAAACUAAGCCCCUUGUUGCCACAUUACUAGCUCUCACUCUUCUCCUCCUCAUUUGGAACCUUCCUCCCUACUACCAAAACCUCCUCUCCACUACCCUCCCCUGCUCCGCCCCCUCCGACACUCCCACCACCACACCCGCAUCGGCAACUGCAACUACUACUUUACUUGCCAGUGCCACCAAUGCGUCAGUGCCUUAUACUGCUGCCCCUGUUGCUGAGAAGAAGUUCGCCGCUCCCAAGCCCUCCGAUCCAAACAAGCGAAUCUUUCAAGCCUAUGGCAACGCCGCUGCUCUGUUUGUCCAGAUGGGUGCUUACAGGGGCGGACCCACGACCUUUGCGGUGGUGGGCCUCGCUUCCAAGCCUAUUCACGUCUUCGGCCGUCCCUGGUUUAAAUGCGAGUGGAUCUCCAACAAUGGAUCGUCUUUCAGGGCAAAAGCCUAUAAAAUGCUACCCGAUUGGGGCUAUGGUCGUGUCUAUACCGUCGUCGUCGUCAAUUGCACUUUCCCUUUUAACCCUAACCGGGGAAACGUCGGAGGCAGGCUUAUGGUUAAUGCCUAUUACGGCGAGUCUCCGAGGAAGUAUGAAAAAUUCAUGGCUCUAGAAGAGGCACCUGGGUCUUACGACGACUCCAAGUACCACCCGCCUUUCCAGUACGAGUAUUUGUAUUGUGGGUCGUCUCUGUACGGGAACCUGAAUGCGGACAGGAUGAGAGAAUGGAUGGCUUAUCACGCUUGGUUCUUCGGACCCAGCUCGCAUUUCGUAUUCCACGAUACGGGUGGGGUGACACCUGAGGUGAAGGCAGUGCUGGAGCCAUGGGUUCGAGCUGGGAGGGUCACGGUGCAGGAUAUUAGUGCGCAGGCUGAGUUCGAUGGGUAUUAUUAUAAUCAGUUUUUGAUUGUGAAUGAUUGUCUGCAUCGGUAUAGACAUACUGCCAAUUGGACAUUUUACUUUGAUGUGGAUGAAUAUAUUUAUUUGCCUGAGGGGAAUACUCUGGAAUCGGUUCUGAAUGAGUUUUCCGAUUAUACUCAGUUCACUAUUGAGCAGAAUCCAAUGUCUAGUGUGCUCUGCUUGAAUGAUUCCUCCCAAGACUAUUCCAGGGAAUGGGGAUUUGAGAAGCUUCUCUUCAGGGAAUCAAGAACAGGAAUUAGGCGGGACAGGAAAUAUGCGAUACAGGCGAAGAAUGCAUAUGCUACAGGGGUUCAUAUGUCUGAAAAUGUGAUUGGGAAGACACUACACAAGACAGAGACAAAGAUACGGUAUUAUCACUAUCACAACUCAAUUACAGUACAUGAAGAGCUGUGCCGGGAAUACCUCCCCUUAUCAGCCAAGAACAAUGUGACAUGGUAUAAUAAGCUACCUUAUGUCUACGAUGAUAACAUGAAGAAGCUAGUCAAUACAAUCAAGGAUUUUGAGCGCAAAACCAUUGGAAAUGCACAGGCUAACUCAUGAUUCGUUGAUCCCAAAAUACAAGCUACCACUACAGACAUCAUAUUACAUGGUGGCAAUAUGCAUUUAUGGGGUUCCAAUUCAUGCCCUGCUGCUUCUUGUGAUGAUUCCUUAUUUGGGUUGCUCAAAGUUUACUCCUUUUUACUUGCUGGACUGCCCCACCCAGUGGCAUGAGUGAUGGGAAACCAACGGAAAAAGUGAAGGGACGGGGGGGCCUAUAUCUGUUGAUUUGUUCAUAAAGGUGAGUGCUUUAGAUGUACCAUUCCAUUUCUUUUUUAUUUUAUUAAUCUCUCUUUUAUCAUCCUCAUAAUAAUUAAAUCUCAUUUUAGAUCUCUAGUGGGGAUAUUGUAAAAUUGUUUGUUAACACUUUCCUCCAAUUGUUGCAAAUGUAUAAACUUUUGAUUUGAUACUGUAAGAGAUUAAAGUAAUUAAAGGUGG